UCGAAACGAAGAGUGUGACCUGUCAACAUAAAUCUGCUGCUUCUACUUAAAACUCAAACCUCCAUUAAACCUUGCUUCAAAUUAGGUUCCAUCCCCAUCGAAGAAGACGAUGAAGCUCAAUCCUUCUCUUCUUCUCAUUUUACUAUUCCUCGAAUUAACCUCUUCUUCCUCUAACGAUGCAGCUGCAUUGCUCCAUUUCAAGUCCAAAGCCGAUUUGAGCAACCAAUUGAAAUUUUCGCCUAAAUCUACCUCCGCAUUCUGCAAAUGGAAAGGAGUCGAAUGCUCCGAUUCCAGAGCGAUUCGACUCAUCGUCGAGGAUGUAAAACUCGGCGGCGUUUUCGCCCCGAACUCGCUGAGUCAGCUCGCCGAGCUCCGAGUCCUCAGCCUGCAGAACAACUCGCUCACCGGUCCAAUCCCCGAUCUCUCCGGUCUGGUCAAUCUCAAAGCGCUAUUUCUCAACCGGAACUACUUCUCCGGCGCGGUGCCUCCCUCCCUCUCCGCGCUCCACCGCCUCAAAACCGUCGAUCUCUCCUACAACAUGCUCGCCGGCGCGAUUCCGGCCUCUCUCAACGCUCUCGACCGCCUCUACUACCUCCGCCUCGAUUUCAACCGGCUGAACGGCUCCGUGCCGCCGCUGAACCAGUCCUCGCUCCAGAUCUUCAACGUCUCCCACAACGACCUCGCCGGCGCGAUUCCGGUCACACCGGCCCUGUCGCGGUUCAAUUCGUCGUCGUUCUCGUUGAACUCCGGCCUCUGCGGCGAGAUCAUCAACAAGGAAUGCCGCUCCGAUCGGCCGUUUUUCGGUUCUCCGGCGAAUGCGACGGCCGCGCCGCCGCAUCCGCACGCGGCGGUGCUCGGCCAGACCGCCAAAUUGGACGGCGCUGACGGCGUGAUGCGGAGGCAUAAGAGAGCGGCGCUGGCGAUCGGAGUCACGAUCGGCGGGUGCAUUUUGGCGAUUUCGGCGAUCUGCGUGGGGAUCGCGGCGAGGAGGAGGUGGCGGAGGGCGGCGGGGAAGGGCGAGAUGGCGAAGAUCGGGCUGGAGCCGAGCGUGACGGGGAAUGCGGAGGCGGUUAUGCGGAUCGAGGAGGAGAACGAUGAGCUGGCGGAGAAGGUGAAGAGAGCGCAGGAGGUGAAGCAGCAGCAGCAGAUGAUGGUGGGGAAGAGCGGGAGCUUGAUGUUCUGCGCCGGCGAGGCGGCGGUGUACACGCUGGACCAGCUGAUGCGCGCCUCGGCGGAGCUGCUUGGGAGGGGGACGAUGGGGACCACCUACAAGGCGGUGCUCGACAGCCGCCUCAUCGUCACGGUGAAGAGGCUCGAAGCGGCGAGGUUCGCCGCCACCAAGCAGGAGGUCUUCGAGGGGCAUAUGGGAGCCGCCGGAGGCCUCCGCCACCCCAAUCUGGUGGCUCUCAGAGCUUAUUUUCAGGCGAAGGAAGAACGCCUCUUGAUCUAUGAUUAUCACGCUAAUGGCAGCCUCUUUUCCCUAAUCCACGGUACGAAGUCAGGAAAGGCCAAACCACUUCACUGGACAUCAUGCUUGAAAAUAGCAGAGGACACAGCUCAAGGCCUCUGCUACAUCCACCAAGCCUGGAGGCUCGUGCACGGCAACCUCAAGUCGUCCAACGUGCUCCUCGGCUCUGACUUCGAGGCCUGCCUAACGGACUACUGCCUCAUGGCCGUAGCCACCCAGGCCCCCGACGAGGAUGCCGACUCCCUGGCCUGCAAGGCCCCAGAGACCCUCCGGGCCAGCCACGGGGAGGCCACUUCCAAGUCAGAUGUGUACUCGUUCGGGGUCCUCCUGCUGGAGCUCCUCUCUGGUAGGCCUCCGUCUCAGCACCCGAAUCUGGCCCCGGACGAGAUGAUGAGGUGGCUGAGGUCCGUGAGGGGCGAGGAGGGCGGGGAGAGCCGGCUGGAGAUGCUGCUGGAGGUGGCGCUGGCGUGCAGCGUCGCGUCCCCGGAGCAGAGGCCGACAAUGUGGCAGGUGCUGAAGAUGAUACAAGAGAUUAAGGAGAUGAUCUUGAUGGAAGAUAGUGAGUUCAACCCUAACCCUAAUUAAUGUGUAAAUUUUUAUGCUAUAAAUGUGAAGUAAGAAUAGGCCUACAACAGCUUAGAUAUUGUGGCAUUGAUGGUCCAAUUAUGGUUAGCUUUUUGCAAUUUUGUGGGUGGUGUAAUUGAGUUAGAGGAUGUUAGGUGUUUCCCUAUUUAUGACCUAAGACUUUAUGCCACCUACAACUAUAUAAAUGAAAUUUAACUGCGA